AUGUCAUCCGAGAAAAGUGGAUUACCUUCAGCUCCAGUCCCAGAAGAUAAUGUAACUACAGAAGAACAAAGACAGGGACAAGGAAAUUUAUAUCCUUCUGUAAAUACUAAUGUACCUCCUGUAAAUACAAAUUUACCUCCUUCUUAUGAUGAGGCAAUCAAAGAACCUUCAUAUAAUCCAAAUGUAACAAAUUCAACUAAUCAUCAAAUACCACCACCAUAUCCACCAUCACCAUCAGGUGUAUAUAUUCCAACAGAUGUCGGUUCAAAUUAUACUCCCAUGGUUCAAAAUCUUCAACCACUACCUCAUGCAGGUCCAACAAAUAUCACUAUAAUAAGAAGUGUUGUAACAAAUGCUUCUUUUGGAAAACAUCCUAUUCAGACGAGGUGUCCUCAUUGUUUUAGAAAUAUAACAACAAAAACUAUGGAAACAAAUGGACGAAGAACAUGGUGUAUAUUUUUUGCAAUAUUUUUAUUGGGAUUUUUUAUUCCAAUAGCUUGGUGCUGCCUUUGUAUACCUUUUUGUAGCAGUGAUUGUCAGGAUGUUCUUCAUCUUUGCCCUCAUUGUAAAAGUGUUGUAGGUCACUUUAAAAGAGACAUAUAA